AUGGGCCCCGUUCCGAGAACAACGCCCGACGAACCGGCCGCGACCCGCCGACGAACCACGCUGGCGGCUCCGUUCCUUCUCGCCCUCCUCGUCUCCUCUUCCGUCCAGCCGACGUCUGGGAGGGACGUUCCUCCCCGCUAUCGGCCCGUCGCCCGGGACUGCCACCAGCUCUUUUCUCUACUUGCCUCCUCCCCUCAACCCCGGGUGAUUUCCGCCGAGGGACGUCUGGACUGCGACGAGGACGGGGGUCGCGUGGUCGUGAGCAAGUCCGCGACUCUGCAGGGAGCGGCCGCGAUUGACUUUGGGGCCAGGAUCGGCGCAAUCCUGCUGCGCCCGGGCGUCGUGAUGCGCAUGCGUGAGUUGGUCCUGAUCCGGAGCGAAGGAGGAGACGAUUUCGCCUUUGUGGGAUCGGCGGGGGGGCCGGUGGCGCAGCUGCAGCUGCGGGACGUCGCCGUUGUGCGCGGGGAAGGGAACGGCGGGGGAGGGACGGAAGCAUCGGAGCCCAUUUUUAUGGGGAGGGGUCGAGGGGGGCCUACGCUGCGCAGCUCCUCCGGGCCUGGGUGUCCAGGGGUGGUGCGUCUGGCGCGGAACUGCACAGUGCAGGUGAACGCUUCCGGCACGGUUACCGGGAAUUGCGCGCCGGAGGGGUGCGACGCCGAUGGUGAGUGCCUGGGCGGCGACCGAUGGGACGACCGGCGAUUGUCUGCUCUCCUGGAAGCCGCCGGUUUUGGCGCCUGCGGGAUUUUGCGAGAGGGUGUCCUCAGCGCGGGCCUGCACGCCAGCCAAACCGCCUCCGUUGCGGCCGCGGGCUGCCUGGCCGUCCUGCUGCUCCUCAUGUGGCUGGGCCCCAAGGUCCUGGGCGCCUGGGGCCCGCGGCGGGCCGGGCUGACCCGGCUGCGCGCCUCCAGCAGCGCCGACGAGGUCCCCGCGAAGGACUCCUGCAGCAUAGAGGGUCUGUCUCUGGGUGCCAUCGAGCUGAGGGGCCUGCUGGGCGUCGGGGCGGCCGGUAGGGUGUACUUGGGCUCGUUUCGCGGCGCGGACGUCGCGGUCAAGGUUGUGGACCACGACGGGGAAGGCUUGGCCGUGAACGAGGAGUCCCUUGAGGCCCGCAUCGGCGUGGAGGCGCGCCACCCCAACCUCGUGCGCACGUACGUGAACGAGACGCGCGGGCGGCAGAGCGUGGAGGUGUCCCUGCCGCAGUUGGGGGACGGGCCCCCGGGAGAGGGCGAGGAUCCCCUGGCGGAUCUGGGCGUGCGAGAUGCUUUGGAUCCAGAUGAUUUUGGAUACCUGGAGGGGCGGAGGCAUGGGGCCGGCGGGCCCAGGACUUGGAUCGUCACGGAGUUCUGCGACCGGGGCUCGCUGCACGGCGCGAUCGUGGACGGCUUGUUUUUCUACGACAGGGAAAAGCUGGUGCCGCGGCUGUCCAGCGUGCUGCUGUGCGCGGUGGACGUGGUCGCGGCGCUGGCCUACCUGCACGGCCGGGGCGUGGUCCACGGGGACCUCAGGCCCGAGAACGUGCUGCUGAAGACGGACCUGUCCGACAGCCGGGGCUUCUACUGCCAGGUCGCGGACUUCGGGAUGAGGCGGAUUGGCCCGGCUGGGGGGGCGGCGGGGGCGUCCGCGUGCGGCAGCGCGAGGUACUGCGCGCCGGAGCUGCUAAGGGACGGCCUGCUGACGCCGGCGGCGGACGUUUACUCGUUCGGCAUGCUGCUGUGGGAGCUCCUGUCCGGCAGGAAGGCCUACUGCACCAAGUCGCAGCGGGACAUGGCCGCGGACGUCGUGGCGGGCUCGCGGCCGCCGCUGCCGCUGCACUGCCCCAACGACGUCGCCGCCGUCAUACGGGAGUGCUGGGACCCCGACCGGUCGCGGCGGCCCAACGCACAGGCCCUGCUCGAGCGGCUCGCGCGCCUGGCGGGCGCCCACGCCCAGACCGCCUGCUAUCGCAUCAUCGAGGAGGAGGAAGAGGGGGCGGAGGAUCGGCAGCGCGCGGACGCCGGGGCGACCAGCAUAUCCGCCAACCUGCACAGGCCGUUCGCUCGCGAGAGGUCAAUCGCGCUGCCGCCGCCUCGCUCUAGAGAGGCCGCCAGUCCCAAGCCACCCCAGACACCCCAGUGGCAAUCGCGAAACGGAAGAGAGGAUGGCACCCCCCAAGAGAAGCGGAUCAUUCCCUCCCCACAAGAGCCCAAGCCCGCUGAGGACGAGGCCAUACCCAACGACAGCCUACUCCAGAGCAAGCCACAAAACGAAGGCCAGUGUGGGCCCCAGGGACCUUGCAAAGGAGGGCCCCUGGGACCGGGCGGAGGAGUGGCCCAAAGACUGGCCGGGAGUGGACCCCAAGGACUGGUAGUGUGUGGGCCCCAGGGACCGGUGGGUGCAGGGCUUCAGGCACCAAGCAGGCAGGGCCCACGGUGGGUGGUGGCCACUAACGUGGAGCUGACGGACCUCAGCUCGGACUCAGAGUCAGAGGCACUCUCGGAUUCUGGCCAGCUGACACCACGGCUGGAUACUGCCACCACCAGCCAGAUCCAAUGCUCGGUGGCUAGAUCAGAUGCUGGAAUCCCCACCGCGAUCAAUGGAACACAUUCUGGCGGAUCGCAAGGCGCUUAG